AGUUACAGAUUGCAGGGUACUCUUUUUAAGAAAUAAAUGACAUGGAGAAAUAGAUGGAAUCAGCCCUCACUUCUCGUAUGCUGUCACCUAACUCCACUUCUUUUCGCCUAGUGUUAGCCUUUGGUUGUUUCUCAGUCGCUGUGCUGCUCAUAUGCUUUGGUCUCGCAGCCAAGAGAGAAAUACGGACGACGUCAUCACUGCAAAGUGACUUGGAUUUCAAGGGAUGUUUCGAAGAAGAUGUUGACGACCACCUCGUCGACAACAACACGAAAGUUGUUGUUAUGGUGAUAGAUGCAUGGAGGUUAUCUUUCCUUGUGGACUCCGAUUCGCCAAUGUCAUUUUUGCGGAGCUCGAUCACAUCUGGACGCGGAGUAGGCUUUGUUGCAAGAGUACAGACACCUACGGUCACGAUGCCUCGAAUCAUGGCUUUAACGAGCGGAACUAUACCCUCAUUCAUAUCUCUAGUCACAAACUUCUUUGCUACUGUGAACACAGAAGAAAACUGGAUAACUUUAGCUGCAGCUGCAGGGAAAAAGAUUCUUUUCUAUGGAGACGACACUUGGCUAAGGCUGUUCCCUAACGCCUUUAUCGAAUUCGAAGGUGUUACAUCUUUCUAUGUUAACGACUACACUGAGGUUGAUAACAAUGUCACUCGCCAUCUUGGUGCUAAACUCGGUGAUUCGGGAUGGGACAUACUCAUCCUUCAUUAUCUGGGUUUGGAUCACAUAGGCCACUCUUUGGGUGGAGAAUCACCGAUAUUAUAUAGUAAGCUACGCGAAAUGGACAAGAUCGCGGAGCAAAUCUUUGCAACUGUGUCGGGGCAUUCACCUGUUUUGUUAGUUGUGUUGGCUGAUCAUGGAAUGACUCCUGGUGGUUCACAUGGUGGUGGAAGUGAGUCGGAGUCAUGGGUUCCGAUAGUGUUUCUGCAUUCAAAAAUUGGUGUAAAACAUGGUGGAAAUCUCACAGAAUUUGCAAAAGGGCAGCAAGUUGAUCUGGCAAGUACCCUGCCUUAUUUUCUGAAGACUGGGAUCCCAUUAGGCAGUGUUGGUUUGUCGCUUGUGCCGAGAUUAGCUGAAUACUGGAAAUUGACUGAGCAUACAAUACUGUCCGCUUCAAUUCAGUCGGCUAAACAUUUUUCCAAGUUCAUGGAAGAUCGUGCUCUUCAACGUCUCUACACCGUUGAAGAGAAACUUCGUUGUCAAGAAAUAAGAGCUUAUGCAGCUUAUGUACAGAGCAGCCAAGCUGCGCAGAUCACUCAGCAAGCACAGAAUGAAAUUAUAAAGUCGCUUGAACCAACCUUAGGACACCUGGCUUAUGCUGGCAUGUUGCUCCUCAUAAUGGGCUUUCUCGUUCUCUGUGAUCUAUCAUUGACUGUGAAUCGAACAAUCUCAGAACCUCAUGGCUUCAUCAGUUUUGGUGUCUUCGCACUCUACCAUCUUUCAUCUUAUUCAACUAGUUUUAUUGAGGAAGAGCAUGAAGUUUGGUACUAUAUUCUUUCUACGGUAAUUCUUGUUCAUAUUUUCAUUAUUGUCAGAAAUCACAGAGAUGUUGCAGAAAUGAUUUCUGAUGGGAAAUUCCGAGCAGCUAUUUUAUCAUUGCUAUUGCAUCGCUUGGGUAUGGCUUUUAUGGCUCAUCGAAGGAGGCGAUGGUCGAUGAGGCCCGAUCUCUUACCACCUCCGUUUUUUCCUGAAUUUCGGUUGUAUAUAUCGUCUAUCGACUAUAUCAUCAACGAUCUCAAUCUUGUAACUUUAUAUAAAUGGGGCCCUUUUUUGACGACAACUUUGUGUGUAUGCUAUAUCUUGCGACGUCUUCAACCAUGUUCGAAUUCUUCAGUGCAGAAUUUGCUAUCACACUGUCUUUCAUUGCUUAUUUGUUGGAGAGUAUUGAUACAAGCUGAUCAUGGAUGGAUAGUCUACCUGACGAUUUUCGCGAUCAUUGUCAACUCGGUCAUGUCGUUUCCAAUGGGAGUUAUGCUCUACCUCUGUUAUCUAGUCCGACCAGAAACUAUUCCUUUACUACUGAUCUCCUUCGAAAUGGGUUCCUUCACUAAACGAUUUUCCUCUUCUCCUCAUCUUUAUGCUCUUCUAUGUCAAGCUGUGUUUUUCUAUCAGGGUCAAUCUAGCAACAUAUCCUCAAUUGAUAUCGCCAUAGGCUACAAAGGGCUUUCAUCAUAUAGCGCACCAUUGGUAGGACUCCAGAUCAUUGCCAAUUUUUACGCUGCACCCAUCGCUCUCACUGUCGGCUACUUCAAGGGGUCCCAAACGUUUAAUUCCGAGGACUACGUUCGCCUCAUUGGAGCUGCUCUUCAACUGCGUUCUGUGAUUUUAUUCUCUGCUCUUAGUGGUAUGGUCACUCUUUCCGGACAUUUGUUCAUGUUCAGUGUACUUGCUCCAAAGCUGAUUUGUGAAUUGUUGCAUAUGAUCUUUGUUCUGCUAUUUAUUGUUUGCGGGUGCAUUUCUCACUUCGGCUUCAAGAACUUUUCUCAACUCAGUUAUUUAUAGAGUUUCAUAAAGUAAUCAUAAACGAAUCUCAGCAGACAUAAUAGACGACUGUUUAU